GCCGGCUUUGAGCCAGGCAUGCAUUCGGGCAUGGACCCGGGCCAGUGCGAGCGGAACCCGCGCUGCACCCGCGGGUACAAGCACGGCGGGCUCGGCGGCCACUGCCGCCUCUGGCGGCGCGACACGAGCGACGGCGUCGUGGAGCCGGUGAUGGGGGCGGGCGAGGCGGGCUGGGCAGCGUCCGCCUUCCCGCGCGUGUCGGGCGCGCUCGAGUCGAUCGGCAUCUCGCUCGCGAGGCAAGCCGCCGAGCUGAGCGAUGUCGCAGGAGCCGACCUCGCCUUUUUGGGACACAUGAGCCACGCGCAGCUCCGAGCAUUGGGCGAGGAGUGCAUGGCGCUGCCCGAGAGCGCCCGUGGCGACUUCGUCCGCGAGCUGGUGUGGCGGCGCUGCCAGGACAGAGGCGGCGCGUCGGCUGGCCAAGAGCCGAGCGCGUUUGGCGGGCCGCCUCCGCCGCCGCCUCCGCCGCCGCCACUCCAACCGGCGCCGCUUUCGCUUCCGCCGCCGCCUCUUCCUCCGCCGCCGCUUCGACAUCCGCCGCCGCCAUUCCAGAUGGGCGCCGUUCAGAUUGCCGUCCCGCUGGCGCUGCCAUUUGCUGGCCAGCCCCAAUAUUGGAAUGCCCAGCAGCUAGCACACGCCCAGGUGCAGGCCCAGCUGGCCCAGCUGCGGUGCCACCAGUCUCUCGUUCAGUGGCAACAGCAGCAGCACGCAAUAGCAGAGUAGGUUGCGCAGAAAACACCGCAGAGCUUUCUUCCACUGUCUUGGUUACCAUCUUGUUGUGUACAAACCAGGAAACCUCUCUCUCUGCAUGCGCGAGCAAUGGUCUAUCUGUGCAGCGUGCAAGUUAUACACACACCACACACCACACACACACUCACACACGCCUCUCGCGCUGACCCAUCAUGCACCGGUGCUCCAGAACUAAGCAGAGCCGCCGCGCCCCGCGCCCCG